AGCUUCAUUGUUGUGGCGAGUCUUAAAGGGGCCGCAUCGGCCGGGCCCGUGCCGGGGCUCGGGGCCAGGACCAGGCGGACAGCGACGCGGGACCGGGGCCCGCGGGGUGUCGGGCCAGUGGCCGAGCGUGCUUCCCCGGCACAGCGCAGCAAGAGCGGCUCGGGGAGGGGUGGGGGGCUUCGGGCGGCGCAGCCAGGAAAGGCCGGGGAUUGGGGCCCCCGCACAGGCCCCGGCCCCGGCCCUGGCCCAGCCCGAUGGACCCUCCGGCUGCCAAGCGGAGCCGGGGCUGCCCGGGGGGGUCGGAGGAGCGAGAGGCCGGGGCCGGACGCGGCGGCCGGAGCCGGGUCGAGACAUUGCUGGACCUCAGCGCCAAGCGAGUGGCCGAGACCUGGGCCUUCGAGCAGGUGGAAGAGCGGUUCUCCCGGGUGCCUGAGCCUGUACAGAAGCGAAUCGUUUUCUGGUCUUUUCCCCGAAGCGAGAGGGAGAUAUGUAUGUACUCUUCCCUUGGCUACCAGCCACCCGAAGGCGAGCAUGACUCUCGAGUGCCCUUCAAUCGUGGGCUGCACCUCCUGCAGACUGGAGCUGUGGACAGAGUACUUCAAGUGGGCUUCCAUCUGAGUGGCAAUGUGACGGAGCCUGCUGGCCCCAGCGAGCCCGAGCGUCUCUACCACGUGUCCAUCAGCUUCGACAGAUGCAAGAUCACCUCGGUGAGCUGCGGCUGCGACAACCGUGAUCUCUUCUACUGUGCCCAUGUGGUGGCGCUGUCCCUGCACCGCAUCCGCCAUGCCCGCCAGGUGGAGCUGCGGCUGCCCAUCUCGGAAACCUUGUCCCAGAUGAACAGGGACCAGCUGCAGAAGUUUGUGCAGUACCUUAUCAGCGCCCACCACACCGAGGUGCUGCCCACUGCCCAGCGCUUGGCAGAUGAGAUCCUCUUCCUGGGCUCCGAGAUCAACCGUGUCCAUGGAGCUCCUGACCCCACAGCUGGUGCCGGCAUUGAAGAUGCCAACUGCUGGCACCUGGAUGAGGAGCAGAUCCAGGAGCAGGUCAAGCAGCUGCUCUCCAACGGUGGCUACUACGGUGCUAGCAAACAGCUGCAGUCCAUGUUCAAUAAGGUGCGGGAAAUGCUGCGAAUGCGGGACUCUAACGGGGCCAGGAUGCUGAUCCUCAUGACACAACAGUUCCUGGAAGACCCCCGACUGGCCCUUUGGCGGCAGCAGGGCGCAGGCAUGACCGACAAAUGCCGGCAGCUGUGGGAUGAGUUAGGAGCCCUUUGGGUGUGUGUGGUGCUGAGUCCCCAUUGCCGACCCGAGGAGAGGACGGGCUGGCUCCAGCAGCUGAAACAGUGGGACGAGUUAAGCGUGUGCCCCCUAGAAGAAGGCAACUACUCCUUCGAGGGGGUUUCUGGACCAUCCCUGCAGUCAAGCUCUCCCCCAAGGCCAGCAGCAGCUCGCCACACGGUGUUCGGACGUGCCCUGCAAGCUGGGGAGCUACGCUGGGGAGACCCUCACCUCCAGAAGAUCCUGGCCAGCGACUACUAUGCUCCAGGCCUCAAGACUAGUGGUGGCAGUGGGAGUGACAAGCUGAGCUUCGACCCUCAAGGCCGCCCCCUCUGGCUAGGCGAGCCCUUCCCCACCGCCUGUGCCCGUGUGGAUGCCCUGCGCUCCCAUGGCUAUCCCCGGGAAGCCCUGCGCCUGGCAUGUGCCGUGGUCCACACCUUGAGGUUACAGCGGCGCCAUCAGCUGGAGAGCUAUAAGCAGCAGAAGAAAGAGCUGCUCCAAAAAGGCUCCACCAGCAUCACCAAUGUGGAAGGCUGGGUGGGCCACCCCUUAGAGCCCAUCAGCUGCCUUUGCAGGGCCUUCCUGGAAGCCUGUCGUGUAGAGGACCAAGGUCUUGGGCUUUAUCCAGACCCAGCCUCUGAGAAGCGGAAAUCCACCUACCAGCACGUGAUGGUCCCUGGCAACCCUGGUGAAUCCUACUUGGCCCUGGCCCUGGAGGUGGCACUGCUGGGACUCGGGCAGCAACGGGCCAUGCCUGAGGGGCUCUAUGCUCAAGACAAGGUCGUCCGCAGCGAGGAGCAGCUCCUGUCCCUGCUGGAUGAGGUGCAACUGGACGAGAGGCUGGUACAAGGGCUACGCAAGCAGGCAGCCCUGCUGCUGGAGGGGGGACCCUUCAGUGGCUUUGGGGAAGUGUUGUUCCGAGAGAGCGUGCCCAUGCACACCUUUGCCCGCUUCCUCUUCACGGCCCUGCUACCCCACGACCCUGACCUGGCUUACCGGCUCGCUCUCCGUGCCAUGAGGCUCCCUGUGCUUGAGACAGUGCUGCCCGCUGGGGACCUUCUCCACCACAAUCCACUGGACUCUAUGAUGACCAACCGCUUUCCCCGCUGGUUUAUCCUUGGCCACCUGGAGACCCGCCAGUGUGAGCUGGCUUCUACCAUGCUAACGGCCGCUAAAGGGGACCCUAAGUGGCUGCACACAGUUCUGGGCUCCAUCCAGCAAAACAUCCACUCUCCGGCCCUGCUCUUCAAGCUGGCCCAAGAUGCCUGCAAGACAGCCACGCCGGCCAAUGCGCCCCCAGACACCACCCUGCUCAACAUCUCCCUGGAACUGGGGCUGCAGGUGAUGCGGAUGACUCUGAACACUGUGACGUGGCGCCGCAGAGAGAUGGUGCGCUGGCUCGUCAGCUGCGCCACAGAGAUUGGUGCCCAGGCCCUGAUGAAUAUCAUGCAGAACUGGUACUCCCUCUUCACACCCAUCGAAGCCACCACGAUCGUAGCAGUGACGGGCACCACCCAUGCCACCCUCCUGCGCCUUCACCUGGACUUUGCCCGUCGGGAGGAGCUGUGUGGCUGCGCCAGGACGCUGGCCCUUCAGUGUGCCAUGAAGGACCCCCAGAACUGUGCCCUUCCCGCUCUGACCCUCUGCGAGAAGAACCACGCGGCCUUCGAGGCGGCCUACCAAAUUGUCCUGGACGCGGCGGCGGGCGGCAUGGGCCACUCCCACCUCUUCACCGUGGCCCGCUACAUGGAGCACCGGGGCCUGCCGCUACGGGCCUACAAGCUGGCCACGCUGGCGCUGACCCACCUGAGCAUUGCCUUCAACCAAGACAGCCACCCCGCCGUCAACGACGUGCUGUGGGCCUGCUCCCUGAGCCACUCCCUGGGCCGCAACGAGUUGUCGGCCAUCGUCCCCCUGAUCAUCCAGAGCGUGCAGUGUGCGCCCAUGCUCGCCGACAUACUGCACCGAUGGACCCUUAGCUCUCCCGGCCUCGGCCCUCUGGGGGGCCGCCGGGGGGCUGGCGCCGCCAAGCCCCUGGCCACAGACCGGGCCCCCCUCUGCCAGCUGCUGGACGCAGCUGUGGCCGCCUACGUCACCACCACCCACUCUCGCCUGACACAUAUCAGCCCCCGACACUACGGCGAGUUCAUCGAGUUCCUGGGGAAAGCCCGGGAGACCUUCCUCUUGGCCCCUGACGGCCACUUGCAGUUUGCCCAGUUCCUCGACAACCUCAAACAGACCUACAAAGGGAAGAAAAAGCUUAUGCUUCUGGUCCGGGAGCGCUUUGGCUGAGGGCCUCGGCGCCUGGAGGGAAGCCUCCUCCCCCGAGCCACUUCCCACUUCUCCCCUCCCCUCCCUUGCCGGGCUGGGCCCCAGGCACAGGAUGAAGAUUUCGAGUGUUUAAUUUAUAGUACGGCAGGGGCUUGCACACCUCCCCAUGCAAUCAGCAUUUCAGUAUUAGCUUAGAAACCGUCUGGAGCGGUUCUGAAGGAUUAGGAGAAUGGGGGGUGGUCCCUGGGCAUGAAGUCAGUGAGGAGACGGAGCCCUGCCCUCCUCCCCAGCUCGGACAGCCCCCCUCCUCUCCAGGGUGCCGCCAUGUGCGCAUACACGCAUGUGGGCAAGGACCCUAGAAUGAGAAGCCAUACCCCGGCCUCCCAAGGCCUGACCAGGACGGCCGGGGGGCCGAGGGGAAGGGCUACCACUAAAACCCCUCGGUCGUCACCUAGGGCAGAUCCCAGAUUGGAGGCUGGGCUUCUUGGACCCUGUAGAACUAGCUGGGGUGGGGAUAGCCCUGCAUGCCAGCUUUCCCCUUUGAACCAGACCUUGAAGGAAAUGUAGCAGACCCGACCGCUCUGGGCCGGAGGUCUUUAAUUAUCCACGAAUGGCAUGUGAAGUCCACACACACCCGCAUCCUGUUUUCCCCCAUCCCCAACGUAGACCGUCGCACAUCUUCCUCGGCCUAGACCUCAGAUCUCUCCACCUCCAACACUCCCAGUGGAAACAUGGGCCCGUCCCAUGUGUCUGUGGCCCUGGGGGGCGAGAGGAAGAGCCACUCUCCUUUGGCUUUGCCCUCCCCUCCAGAAGCACCCACCCCUACCCCUGCCCAGUGAAGGAUUCUUGUUGACUUUGUAAGGGAGAGGAAUGCCCUCCUCCACCUAGCCCCAUGGCCUGGGCUUUAUACCUCACCUCCCCUGGCUCUGCCUGGGGCCCCGGCGUCCCCAGGUAGGAAAGGGGAGCACACUCCCACUCACUGCCCAGCCAUGGGGACUUCCACCGAGCAUUGUCCCCUAUCUUGCCUUUGGGAAAGGGAGGCUUUCCAGGGGGCUCCUUGCUGCAGCUCCCAUCCCUGGAGAGGACUGAGACAACUUAGUCACAACUCACCCCCCACCCCCAACCUGCCCAUCACUGGACAACCUCAACUCAGGAACACAAGCAGAGCCCAAGUGCUCUUGCUUAAAUCGUUUUUUGGGAAGAUAGAUGUCAGAGAGACAGGAAACUCCCUCCCUCACCCCAUAUUCUUAAUAUAUACGGGAAGGAAAAGCUCCAGUCAUGUGGCAUUCUCCCCCUAUCCUCCCCCCAAGUGUUUUCCUUAACUGGGGCGUGUUUUUGUUGUGUUUGCCCCCCUUGUGAGUCCCUCCAUCUGUUGUCUGUCCAUGUGGCAGGAGAAGGGGCCAGGGCAGCUGCACAGCCAGACCCCCUACCUCCGCAUGCCCCCAACUCACCUCACCUUUUCUUAUAUAUUAAGAGGAAAGAUCAUGUAAUUUUGUAAUUUUUUUCUAUUUAUUGAACCGUUUAUUGUAUUUUUCCUUUUUUUUAAAGAUCAAACACAAAUAAUA